ACUUCUACCACAUCCACCAGGGUGAAAGAAGCACGACUGCGGCGACUCUACUCCCCGGAACUGUCACAGUGUGAAUCUCGUGAUUCGUUUCCUCAACAACUCUGCCAACUAUGCAAGUCCCACUGCUCCGGCUGCAAUGCGGCUGUAACAGUUAUGAAUGGGGCAAGAUUGGCCCAGAAUCAGCAGCUGCCCGUUAUGCAGCCUCGACCCCAUCUGGCGAUUUCUCAAUUCAACAGGACAAGCCCUACGCAGAACUAUGGAUGGGUACACAUCCUUCCAAUCCCUCCAAGGACCUUACCACCGGCCGCACAUUGCUUGAUCUCGUCCAAGACAAUCAAGCAUUGAUGUCGACCGCCAUCUCCAAGCGCUACGACCAGAAGUUGCCAUUCCUGUUCAAAGUUCUGAGCAUCAACAAAGCUCUAUCGAUCCAAGCUCACCCAAACAAGAAGCUAGCUGAGCAGCUACAUGCUAAGGAUCCGCAGCACUAUCCAGAUGACAAUCACAAGCCGGAAAUGACCAUUGCCAUCACUCCCUUCGAUGGUCUCUGUGGCUUUCGACCCCUUGGCGAGAUCGCCCACUUCUUGAAAAACGUUCCGACUCUGCGACAGCUUGUUGGCGAGGAAGCUGCACGCAACUUUGAGAAGACAAUAACCGGCCAAGAAACCACUGACGAUGGCGACAAGACCCAGCAAAACAAGAAGGCUUUACAGGCAGCAUUUUCGUCCUUGAUGACAAGCUCUGCGGAGGAUAUCGAGAAAGCAGCAACACAGCUUAUCGAGCAAGCAAAAUCGGAAGGCGCGGAGUUCGCCGGUUCUGGAGUCGACGCGACGUCUGGAAAAGAAUUGGCGGACUUGAUGAUUCGUCUGGACGGCCAGUUCCCCAACGAUAUUGGACUCUUCGUGACGUUCUUCCUAAACUAUGUCAAGCUGGAAGUCGGAGAGGCGAUGUUUCUCAAAGCAGACGAUAUCCACGCGUACUUGUCUGGCGAUAUCAUCGAAUGUAUGGCCUCAUCGGACAACGUCAUUCGUGCCGGCUUCACCCCCAAAUUCAAGGACGUCGACACUCUGACCUCUUGCUUGACGUACUCGUAUGCACCAAUUUCUGAGCAGAAGAUGGAUCCUGUCGACUAUGCCUACGUGAAGAUGAACACGACCGCAUACAGCUCGAACUCCAGCUCCAUUCUGUACGACCCACCGAUUGAGGAGUUCAGCGUUGUGAAGACAGACAUAAAUGCAUCGGGAGGCAAGGUAACUUUUGAUCCAAUCGAAGGACCUGCCAUUGUCAUCUGCACCAAAGGUCAAGGCAAGAUCAGCGUGGGCAACAAGACCGAGGAGAUCAAAGAGGGACAUGUGUAUUUCGUUGGCGCCACUGCCGAGCUCGUGAUCGAGAGCACGGGUAGUGAGCCUCUGGUCACCUUCAGAGCAUUCUGUGAGCUGGAUGACAAGACCACAAACGGCAAUUUGUAGAACGCAUGGUCAGUGUUGCGAGUGAAUGUUGAACAGAGCCGAGCGAAUCAAAGCGAAAAAAGCAUAUAGAUGGUAUCUCCGAAAAGCUGCUAUAGUCGUACAGAACAGUUUCAUGCACAUUUCUAGCUGG